UGGGAGCUCGCGUUUCCGCCGCUCUCGCGCGAGCGCGCCGCUGCGUCCCGUGGCCCGGCGGUUACCGCGGCGACCGGGCGGGCGCGCUCCUCCCGGGGCCGCCCCUGGGAGCCGGGGCGCGGGAUGCGGGCGCCGGCCAGGGAGCUGUUCCGGGACGCCGACUUCCCCGCCUCGGACUCCUCGCUCUUGUCCAGCUUCUCCACGCCGCUGGCCCAGUUCCGCGAGGACAUCACGUGGAGGCGGCCUCAGGAGAUUUGUGCCACGCCGCGGCUGUUUGCAGAUAACCCGCAGGAGGGACAGGUGAAGCAAGGGCUGCUGGGAGACUGCUGGCUCCUGUGUGCCUGCGCCGCCCUGCAGAAGAGCCAGUACCUCCUGGACCAGGUCUUUCCUCCAGGACAGCCGAGCUGGUGUGACCAAACGUACCGUGGCUCCUUUACCUGUCGAGUUUGGCAAUUUGGACGCUGGGUGGAGGUGACCAUAGAUGACCGUCUGCCUUGUCUUGCAGGGAGACUCUGCUUCUCCCGGUGCCAGAGAGAGGAUGUGUUCUGGCUUCCCUUACUGGAGAAGGUCUACGCCAAGGUCUAUGGGUCCUAUGAGCACCUGUGGGCAGGGCAGGUGGCAGAUGCCCUGGUGGACCUCACCGGUGGCCUGGCGGAAAGGUGGAACCUGAAGGACUUGGUGAGAACCAGUGGCCAACAGGCUGGGCCUGGCUCGGAGCACAGGACUUGCCGGCAGCUGCUCAGCCUCAAGGACCGCUGUCUGAUAAGCUGCUCGGUGCUCAGCCCCAGAGCAGGGGCCAGGGAGCUGGGGGAGUUCCACGCCUUCGUGGUCUCGGAUGUGCGGGAGCUGCCCGGGCGGGCCGGCCAGAGCAUCCUGCUGCUGCGGAUCCAGAACCCCUGGGGCCGGCGCUGCUGGCAGGGGCCCUGGAGAGAGGGGGGCGAAGGCUGGAGCCAGGUGGACCCCGCCGACGGGUCUGAGUUGCUGUCGCAGCUGCAGGAAGGAGAGUUCUGGGUGGAGGAGGAGGAGUUCCUCCGGGAGUUCGACGAGGUCACCGUUGGCUUCCCCAUCACAGAGGCCGGCCACCUGCAGAGUCUCUACUCAGACAGGGCGCUGUGCCACACUCAGGAGCUGCCCGGGGCCUGGGUCAGGGGGCAGUCGGCAGGAGGCUGUCGGAACAACAGCGGCUUUCCCAGCAACCCCAAAUUCUGGCUGCGGGUGUCGGAACCCAGUGAGGUGUUUGCUGCUGUCCUGCAGAGGCCCCGGGUGCGCGCAGCGGCCGGUGCAGGCCGGGCCCGGGCUCUGGCGGGGGACGAGCGUGCCGCGUGGAGCCCGGCCAGCCUCCUGGGCGAGGACUACCAGGCCGUGGGCCUGCAUAUCUGGAAGGUGGAGAAGCGGCGGGUCAGCCUGCCCCGGGUCCUGUCCACGCCCCCCGUGGCCGGCACCGUGUGCCACGCCUACGACCGGGAGGUGCACGUCCGCUGUGAACUCGGCCCCGGCUACUACCUGGCCGUGCCCAGCACCUUCCUGAAGGACGUGCCGGGGCAGUUUCUGCUGCGGGUCUUCUCCAGUGGGAGAGUCUCCCUCAGCGCCAUCAAGCCGGUGGCCAAGAGCCCGGGCCCUGGGGAGGCCCUGCCCGCAGGCGAGUGGGAGACUGUGCAGCUGCGCGGCUCCUGGAGGAUCGGCCGGACAGCAGGCGGCAGCAGGAACUUCGCCUCCUACCCCACCAACCCCUGCUUCCCCCUCGCUGUCCCUGACGGCGCAGGCCCCCGCUGCGUCCGGAUCACCCUGCGCCAGCACUGCCAGGACAGCCAGUGCCGCCCCAUCGGCUUCCACGUCUUCCAGGUUCCGGUGGACGGGGGUGGCCCGGGCGCGCCCUGCCUGCUGCUCCAGGAGCCUCUGCUGAGCUGCGUGCCACACUGCUACGCCCAGGAAGUGAGCCGGCUGUGCCACCUGUCGGCGGGGACCUACAGGAUUGUGCCCUCCACCUACCUGCCAGACACAGAGGGGGCCUUCACGGUGACCAUCGCCACCAGGAUAGACAGGCGCUCCAUCCACAGCCGGGAGAGGCUGGGGCAGCUGCUCCAGGAGGUGAGUGCGGGAUUGAGUCGGGGCAGGCCCAGGGCUCCCCCGGGGCUGCCUCCCCCGCUCCUCCCAGGGCCACGUCUGCCACGGGCCGGGCCGUGCCCGGGGACACAGGCACCCUGAGGGCCGGGGGACUGGCAGGCCCGGCGUUGCCACCCCAGGACAGCCGCUGCCCAGCCUCGCCCUCCUUCCUCCUGCAGUCUUCCUUCCUGGCGGUUAUGAAAACCUAACUGGAUGGGCCUCCGCGUCAGCCCCGGCGACUGGGGCUUCCAGGGGCACCCUUGCGAUGUGCCACCGGCCCCGGCGUGGCGACGGCUGCAGGGUCCAGGCCGAGAGCCCCGUCCUGCCAGGAGGUGGCCGUGGGGACCAGGUGCCGCGGGAGGGUGUGUUCUCCGCGGCUGGGACCCUCCGGGGCGCCUGCCCCCCGCUCCGAGAGCGACCUACGGCAGAGGAGCGCGUAGCAGGACAAACCUCAUUUAGAUAUUUAUGUGCAACGUUUUUAGGAAGUAACUUUAUAAAUAAACUUGAAUACUGAGA